AUGAAGAUCUCGGCCAUUGCGACACUGGCAUUGGCCCCAGUGGCAUUGGCUGCUUACAGCGAGCAGGACUAUGAAUCGGGCAAAGUCCAUAAUGACCACAUGGCCGAAAAGCUGAAACAAUGGUCUGCCAAGCGCGCAGCGGGCGAGUACGAUAGCCGGAAGUGGUCUGGAUGGAAGGGCAACAGGAUUCAAUGCAAGAAUGGCGUUGCUGUAGCGAAGAAAGAUGACCCUCUGCAAACGUUUCGAUGCAAAGACAUUGACAUGUACGACUUUAAAUCACAUGCCGAGCUAGGCAGCAAUAAUGGCGAGGGCUCUGGCAGCUGGGUAAAGCGUUCCCGACGUGAGUUCGCCGCGAUCGGUCAGACUGACGGAGUGAGCUUUGCGGAAGUGAGCAAGGAUGGUAAAUUGGUAUAUCUUGGUCGAUUACCACAACAGCACACUGCUGAGCCAUCUCCGUGGCGAGAAAUCAAGUCGAAUGGGCCAUACCUUAUCGUUGGCUCGGAAGCGAUCAAUCAUAAUGUGCAGAUCUUCGAUUUGAGGAAGCUACUCACCAUUGAUCCGAAAAAUCCCAAGACCUUCAGCACCGAGACCGAUCUUACAGGACUCUUCACCGGCAUGCCAAUCGGUCGAAGCCACAAUGUGGUUGUAAACGAGGAGCUUAACUAUGCCGUUGCUGUCGGAUCACAGCCAAGGAACGAUUCUUGCGCUGCAGGACUGAUUUUCAUCGAUAUGUCGGACCCAACGAAGCCCUUUACACCUGGCUGUGCACCACAAGAUGGCUACGUCCACGAUGCACAAUGUAUCGUCUACCGAGGUCCAGAUGCCAAGUACAAUGGCAAAGACAUCUGCUACGGCUACAACGAAGACACCCUCACCAUCUACGACGUCACUAACAAGAACGGCCCUGAAGCAGCACGAAUCAUUUCCAGGACACCGUACAAAGGCGCCUCAUACACGCAUCAAGGCUGGGUCAUCGAUCCCAACUGGCAAACCCAUCUCAUCCUAGACGACGAACUAGACGAAGGCCUCCGCCCAGAGCGCAUGAAUCCCGAAUCCCCAGCCGCAGACGGCUUCCCAGUAACCUACAUCUUCGACAUCACCAACCUCGAAGCCCCAAAAAACACCGGCUUCUACAAAUCUUCCGUGAAAUCCAUCGACCACAACCAAUACAUCUACGACGGCAUCGCAUAUCAAUCAAACUAUGGUGCAGGUCUUCGGAUGCUGGAUGUUAGCUCCAUUCCUGAGAAACCUGACGGGAGCGGGAUUGAGGAGAUUGGGUUUUUUGAUAUUUAUCCUGAGGAUGAUCAUCUUCCGGGUGGUGGGAAUGCGACUUUUGUCGGGACUUGGAAUCAUUUUACGUAUCCGAGUGGGUUUGUUGUUGUUAAUACGAUUGAGAGGGGGGCGUUUGUGGUUAAGCAUAAUCUGUUUCGUGGGAGGGGGAAAGGAAAGAGGUACUUUAAGCGGGGAGUGUAG